AGGAGAGUCAAUGAAGCAUGUUAAUUCAUGAUAUAUCAUACAAAUCAAAAUCAGAUUGGCAGUCAGUCUUUACCAAUCCUAGGCUAAUUGGGAACAAACUACUGGAAAGAUUAUUAUAAGCUAUAUCAUCAUGACAGGCUUUUGUGUGCUCGGAUGUGGUACUAUGGGUAAAGCCCUUUUGACAGGUAUCUUUGACUCAAUCAAGGAACAAGAUGAGCAAGCUUCCAAGAACGUAACUGUUCCUGACAAGUUUUACGCGUGUGUCAAGUUUGCUCAAGAAGUCGAAGAAAUUCAAAGGUUAUUUGGUGAAGAUGUAGAAAUUUCCGUACGUGCUGAAGAGAACGUUCAGAAAGCAAAAGCGAGCGACGUUUUAUUGCUCAGUUGCAAGCCCCAGGGUGCUGAAGAGGUUUUAAGUCUACCAGGCAUGAAAGAAGCCUUAAAAGGAAAGUUAAUCUUAUCUAUCUUAGCCGGAAAGACUAUUGCUGCCCUUGAGUCUUUGUUGGAUGAAAGCACUCGUGUUAUUCGUAUCAUGCCCAAUACCGCUAGUCGUAUUCGUGAAAGUAUGAGUGUGCUUUGUCCUGCUCUGAAUGCUACGGAAGCAGAUAUGGAAUUUGCUGAAUGGGUGUUCAACGGUAUUGGACGUACUAUGAAGCUUCCCGAGAAGCUUAUUGAUGCUUCUACAGCCUUGUGUGGUAGUGGACCUGCAUUUGUUGCUACUAUGAUUGAAGCCAUGACUGAUGGCGGUGUCAUGAUGGGGAUACCUUUUGCACAAGCUCAGGAACUUGCCGCUCAAACCAUGGUUGGUACUGGACAAAUGGUGUUACAAGGACAACAUCCUGCAAAGAUCCGUAAUGAUGUUUCUACUCCUGCUGGCUGUACUAUUAGUGGAUUGUUAGCCUUAGAAGAUGGAAAAAUCCGUAGCACAAUUGCUCGUAGUAUUGAGCAAGCCACCAAAACUGCUUCUGGCUUAGGCAAGUAAUUGAUUUUAAUGACUAAGCUACGCUCGUUUCUGGCUUUUAACUCUUUCCUUACAGCUUGUCUUGUUAAUUAUAUGUGUUGAGACUAAUGUACAAUAGCUUCGAUAGUAUGAAAGAAUUCUAGAAACAAUCCCACUUCUUUUUGUUUGUUGUAGUUGAAUUACUUGUUUUUGCUUGUUUCACUCCAAAAAUAUAAACAAAGGUUCCGGGUCAAGGAAUAUCAGUUGUUAUUCACAAAUUCCA